AUGGGUAAGGAGCCCGGCCUUAUUAUACUUGAUCAAGGGUCAUACCGUCUUGCCAGGGACCUUUACUACUGGCUUCCUGCAAAUAUUGCUAGCUCAGUUGUUGUCUCGACCAAAGUUGAGAGCCCGGCAACGAAUUCAUCGGCCAGUCCUACCGCUCCUAAGGAUAACAGAGACGAAUCUAGGCCCUCAUCGAGUUCGCCCGGCUCAUCCAACUCAUCCGACUCGUCAUCGGGUUCCACAUCACAAGUUCGCAAAGUCUCAGCACCCCGUGUAGUUGGUUUCGGAGGCAGCGCACAUUCGAGUUCCUAUUUGGUACAAGGUAGUCUAUGGAACGCCGAAAAAAUGCCCGAGCUCAUCGCGGCAGAGAUGUCGACAUCUUUGCCAUCCUUGUACACACAGCAUAUCUAUGCAGUUUUCAUGCAGGGGCUAUCCCAUGUUGUGCCAGAGAUAUCAAACGAUGAUUCGACAUGGUGGGAAGAAAAGUCCGGAGAUCACUUGAGUGGAAUGUUAAGCAACAUCAACGUCUCCAACCUGGUUUAUUUCUUGCAGGAGAUCCAGCUCUUUACGCCAAAGGAAGCGUACUUGGCAAUCAUUCCCUCACUCAGCAAAAACAACAAUUUCGCAAAGUCUGAGACGGCUCUCCGCAAUAUGUUACUGAGUGCCCAUCAUCAACGACGCUGCGAUGAGGUGGUACCCAGGCUUCUUUCUCGAUUUCGGGAUAAGGAAUCUGUCGUCCACUUCGAACAUGCCCCAAGCUUUCUUCGCGCAGGUCUCAGAAAAGAGACAUCGGCCUUACUAUGGAGCUGUGUCAACCUGAUACCAUGUAAGAGCUUCCAAAGUGGCAAUGAGGGCAAGCUUUUUCAUUUCGAAUACCGCAAGAUGAGGCCUUUUCGACUACCAUACUCUAAAGAAACGAUGCAUGCCGUUGAGAAUUGGAGUUAUAACGACGCCAAGGAUCUGGCUUACUGGAUGCUAUCCUACAUCUGGCAGAAUCGUCUCGAUCCUGACCAUCAUAUACGAGCCUGGCCCUUGUACGUAAAUGUCCGGAGAGGAGAAAAGGGGAAGGAAUACUAUCGUCGCAUGCUGCGGUAUUGCCAACAUAGCACGCUACACCAAGCUUUCAGAAGCGGCUCUCAAGACGAGAUGAAUGCUGCACUCCUCGAGGGAAAGGACAUCAGUGAAGGGGACAUUUGGGGAUGGAAGGUUCUCCAUUAUGCCGCCGCGUUCAUGGCUUCGAAUACAGAUCCGCGCUUCCCAGCGGCACUUGAGGCUUUAAAGAUCGCACCAAGCAUGAUUGACGCCCGUGACCUGAUAGGGUGGACACCGUUACAUUAUGCGGCAAAGAACCCCAACGCGGGUCGGCUUUUGGAUCAUAUCCUGGAGCACAGCAAUGCAAACGAGUAUGACAGUGAAUCAGCCCUUGACUUGUCAACACCACUUCACUGUGCAGCCGAAAUGGGGCUGGUCAAUCACAUCGAGAAGCUUCGGCGGUUCAAGCCUACUAGUGUCGCGAAGAAAUGGUUCAGUUCCCGUGAUCACAGUGGCUUUACACCCUUACACAGAGCCAUUCUGGGAGGACAUGUCGAGGCAACGAGGGCAAUCUUGACAGCCGUGAGCCAAUGGUGGGGAAGAGACGAGUAUUGGCUUCCGGUACAGGAACAUUGGAGAUAUAUUCAUUUUGCUAUUUGGUCAGGAAAGAUGGAAAUAUUCGAGCUAUUGCCUGUUGACAGAGAUUUGGUGCUUGAUUGGAUAACCUGGGCAGACAUAAACGGACUCACGCCUCUUCACAUGGCUGUGGCACGCGGCAACACAGACUUUGUCAAGGUCUUGAUAGAAAGGUUCACGGGUGCAGAGAGUCCAGACAUGGAUGGGAAUCAAUUGAGCCGGAAGGAUGAGGCAGGUUACACACCUCUGGAUAUCGCGAAGCAGGAGGGCUUCGACGAGAUUUGCACUCUUCUUCAAGAGGCCGGCGCCGAGCUGGGAACCCCGGACCGGAAUAAAUUUGUGUGGGACCGAGCAGAUCCCAUGAUGCAACUACCCAUCUAG